AUGAAGAUUAGUCAGGCUGCUAGAAGAAAUAUUGAUGAAGCAAAGACAUUGGUCAGAAAAUGGGCAGUAGAAGAUGAUUCAGAAGAAACCACACUGUAUCAGGACAUCUUACGUGACAUGGUCAAAUCGUAUUCCGAUGUAUAUGAUCCAUCAAAAAUUAAUGAAGACACGUUUGUCAAAGAUACCCUCACACCCAUCCUUAAGAAUUACUUUCCAAAUGACCAAUUGAUAAGUACAGAAGGCGCAAAUGGCGAAAUCAUUGGAUCGAAAGAAAGAAAGAAAACAAGUCUGUUAGAGAUGGUGUUGAUUGCAAUGACUUGGAAUUAUAUGCUAUUGUAUCUGAAGGAUACUGUUGCCGUGUUCUUUGUCUAGAUUUAAAGUAUCAUGGAAUGUACAGAUUGGUAGAUGUGGGCACGUUUUAUAUUCCUACAAGUAUUAACAACAUGGACACUAUGCUCGGUGUAUCU